UUGAAAAAUCUUUAAUCUAAACUAAACCGUUUUACAAACCAACCGAACUAAAAUGUAAUUUUUAAAUGGUUUGGUUUAAUUUUAUAAUUUGAAGUAAAUUAUACACACCUUUAAAAUCAAAUAUAAAGCCAGAAGAGGAAACACAUUACAGAUAAAUAUAGUAAUACAAGGUGAGGCAGUGAGAUGGCAUAAGUUUAAGUGACACAUUUAUAAAAUCAAAUAUAUUAUGGUACGAGCUGAAAUAUAAUCAAGAGCGAGGAAGAACUCUCUGGUGCAAUUCUUAUUUUCCGGGGCCAAAAGAUUCAGUUUCAAUUUCACUUUUUUAGUUAUUUUAAUUAAUGAUAUAUUCUUAUCAUUUAUUCAUUUUCAUCCACCCAAAAUUAAUCAAAUGUUUAUUUGAGCUUGGGAUUUUUGUACUAACACAUAAAAUUAUUUCAAAAUUAAAAAACACCUGUUAGUUUUGAAUAAACGAAUCUAAACUCUAUUAUGUUAAAACUGAUCAAAAAACAAAAUUUGUCAAAAUUUUCUUCUGAGGGUGAUUAUCAGUUGAUUGUUAUUGACUAUUGUUAUAUACAGACCUUUGACUUCAGAACAAUGAACAAGGAGAUGAGUGCUGCCUCGACACAAGAGGAUUUGGUCAAAGAGUCGUCAAUUGACAUUGAUGAAAGCUCAGAGUCCGAGUCUGAUCCUAGUUUAAGGGGAGUUAUCACUGAGAAUGCAGCUCCGCCCAUCAAGCCUGUUUUUGUUCCUUACUCAGCGUUUCCAAGGGAUUUUGAAAACCCUCCUCUGUCUCAGUAUCCCAGGCACAAUGAGGGGGUGUACACUCGAACUUGUGAUAAUAACAGAGGAGGUAUAACUGAGAAUAUAGUUCCGCCUCCACCUCCGCCUAGGUCUCCGCCUCGGAAUUAUGAAUGCUCGACGUAUGCAAGGGAUUUUGAAAACCCUCCUCUGUCUCAGUUUCCCAAGCGCAAUCAAACAUUGUCCACUCAAACUCGUGAUAAUAACAGAGGAGUUAUCACUGAGAAUGCAGCUCCGCCCAUCAAACCUGUUCCUGGUCCAUUUCAUUGCUCGGCACAUGCAAGGGAUUUUGAAAACCCUCCUCUGUCUCAGUAUCCCAGGCACAAUGAGGGGGUGUACACUCGAACUUGUGAUAAUAACAGAAACAUGGAGAUGACUACUGCCUAUAAACAAGAUCUGGUCAAAGAGUUGCUAAAUGACACUGAUGAAAGCCUGAAGCUCAAGUCUAUUCGUGGUCAGUGCUCUAUUUACAGGGUGCCUAAAAAGAUUCGUAGUGUAAAUGAGCAAGUCUACACUCCUGAGAUUGGAGAAGAAUUAGUCUACUCGAAGGCUACUCGUCAGUGUCAGAUAAAAACUGGGUUUCUGAUUUACCUUGUGCAGUAAAGCUACAUGAGUCAGGGUUAAAGUUUAAGUGUAUUGAAAUUGAAACAGGACAGAGCGUACUUGAUGUAAAAUUUGAAGCUAAUGAAUUGCAGAUACCACGGCUAGAUGUAUAUGACUCUACGGAAUGUCUGCUUAGAAACAUUAUGGCUUUGGAGCAGUGCCUUUACCGGGAGAAUGCUCAGGUUUGCAAUUAUGUUGAACUGAUGGAUUACCUUAUUAAUGAUGAAACGGAUGUGGAAUUGCUCAUUGGAAGUGGAAUUAUUUCCAAUCAUAUGGGGGACGAUGCUUCAGUGGCAACUAUGUUUAACAAACUUAAUCAACAUAUACCUAAAAGCAAAUCGUCUUACUAUAACUUAAGCGAGCAGCUCAAAGAACACUACAACAAUCCCUGGAAUAGAGCCAAGACAACUUUGAAAAGAGUAUAUUUCAGCAAUUCAUGGAGAAGCACAGCAACUGUCGCAGCGAUAAUACUCUUGUUUCUUACUAUUAUAGGAACUAUAUGUUCUAUCUUGCAGGUUGUGUAAUUUUAAUUGAUAAUUGUGUUAGAUCUAGAAUCUACUUGCAUUACUGUAAUAUGCGGUGUGAAGCUCCUUGUUUUACUAAGAAUAUGUGUUUGUAUACUUUCUAGUUCAAUAUUUCUUUCCUUUUCCUUCCCGUU